AUGGCGCGGCUGCCCCUGGCCCUUUGGCUCGGGCUGGCGGCGCUUUCCCUGCAGGCCCCGGCGAGCGGCGAGCCGGGCCCCGAACUCCACUACGGCGAGAGCGUCAUUGACCUGCUGGAGGCGCUGAACGUCACCCGCUCCGUCCGGGGCGUCAGCAGGGCCACAGGCCCCGAGCCGGGCACGUCGGCCUGGAAGUUCCGCCAGCGGGUGCCCCACUUGACGCUGCCCUGGGACUAUGCCAUCUACCUGCUGGCCAGCUCGCAGGGCGCCCUGGGCUUCCACUUCGUGGCCAGGCAGAGCCGGGGCUCGGUGGGCACCCUCAUCUCCCUGGUGUCGCCGGCUGCUGCCGUGCGGGACGGGCGCCCGCUGCUGCAGCUGGUAUCCAGCGCUCGCGCCAACCAGCUGCGUCUGGACUACCGCGCCGGGCCCAGCAUGGAGCCCGCCUCGCUGCUCUUCCCCGGAGGCAGCCCCUUGGCCCGGGGCCGCUGGGCCCGGCUGGCCCUUGACCUGCAGCCCCACCGCCUGGUGCUCUUUGUGGACUGCCGCCCGGCUGUGCUCUUGGAGAGGGGCGGCCCGCGGGACGCGCUCAGCCUGCUGCUGCCCCUCGACCUGCAAAUCACCUUCGCCAGCCUGCCCGGGGACGCGGCCAGCAAGUUCCUGGGAUAUUGGCAGACAGCUGAGAUCUCCCCCAGCGGGUUCCCACGCCGGCCGUGGCACUGCGAGAACCUGGCAGACCUCUUCCCCAUGCCGUACACCCUGGUGGAGGAGGGGGACCUGGCUGAGCCCCCCUUUGAUCAAGGAUCCCCCCUGGCCCCGGAGCCGCCGGCCCUCGCCGACAUCCGUAACUACCAGCAGCAGCCCAGCGAGCCUGAGUUCCCCCCAGGGGUGGCGUGGCCCCACCCGGGCGCCCUGGAGGAGAGGGUGCAGCAGCUGGAGGAGCUGGUGGAUGGAUUCGGGGCCGUGCUGGACAAGGUCAAAGCGCAGAACUCGGAGCUGCUGGCCCGCGUGAAGUCCCUGGAGAGCUGCGAGUGCCGGAGGCCGGUGUGCAUGUGGGAGGGGACGCAGCGCGAGGACGGAGCCACCUGGGACAAGGACGACUGCACCACCUGCAUCUGCCUGCAGGGGGCGGCGCGGUGCUCGGCGCGCCAGGACCGGCCUCAGUGCCGCGGCUGUGAGUACGACGGGCAGCGGUACCAGGACGGAGACGCCUUCCUGGCCACAUCCAACCCCUGCAUGAACUGCUCCUGCCUGGACGGGAAUGUCCAGUGCUUCGGACUCGUCUGCCCACAGCUCCACUGCGCCAUCCAGGAGGAGGUGCCCGGGGCCUGCUGCCCCCGCUGCCAGGGCUGUGUGGACGGAGCCGCCCGGCGGGAGCCUGGCGAGGAGUGGACACCACGUGCAGACCCCUGCCAGAGCUGCCGGUGCUUGGAUGGCCGCGCCUUGUGCAGAAAGAGGCAAUGCGCCAGGUUGUGCCGUCACCCUGCCAGCCCCCGGCCGGGCACCUGCUGCCCCAUCUGCGACGGCUGCUCACUGGACGGCCGGGAGUUUGCCAGCGGGGAGCCGGUGCCCAGCAGGGAGCCCUGCACCCAGUGUGCCUGCGUGAGCGGGAACGUGUUGUGCAAACCCACCGCCUGCCCAGCUGCCCCCUGCCCAGAGCCUGUCCGGAGACCUGGCGAGUGCUGCCCGCAGUGCCGGGACUGCCUCUCCGACGCCCAGCCCGUCCCGGACGGUGCCAUCUUUACCCCCCCGCAGGAGCCCUGCCUCAGCUGCCGCUGCCAGGCCGGGGAGGUGUCGUGUGAACGACUGGAGCAGAGCUGCCCGCCCGCGCCCUGCAGCCACCCUGGCACAGCCCCGGGCCAGUGCUGCCCGGCCUGCCACACGUGUGAGUACGAGGGGCACCCGUACCGGCACGGAGAGACCUUCACGCCCCCAGGCCAUGGGCCCUGCAUGCGGUGCACCUGCUCGGCUGGGCACGUGCAGUGCCAGGAAGAGGGGUGCCCUCCCGUGCCCUGUGCCCAGCCCAUCCAGGACCCCCAGCGCUGCUGCCCCGUCUGCAAAGUGUGCGUGCUGGCAGGGGAGGAGUUCGAGGAGGGGGCGCAGUGGGAGCCAGACGGGGACCCCUGCACCACCUGUACCUGCCUCGCCGGAGAGCCCGUCUGCGGGGCCCUGCCGUGCCCGCCCGUCACCUGCCAGCACCCCGCCCGGCUGAGCGGCGACUGCUGCCCGACCUGUGCCCAGUGCUCCUACCACCAGCACGUCUACGCCAACGGGCAGCCCUUCGUCGACCCCCACAGCCCCUGCCAGCGCUGCCAGUGCACGGACGGGACUGUGCAGUGCUUGCCCGUCGCCUGCCCCCCACCCAGCUGCCCCCACCCGGAGAGGCAGCCCGGCCAGUGCUGCCCCACGUGCCCAGGCUGCAGCGUGGAGGGGGCCACGGUGGCGGCGGGCGAGCAGUUCCCCAGCGCGCAGGACCCCUGCCAGCUGUGUGUCUGCACCGCCGGGGAUGUCAGCUGCUCUGCCCGCGACUGCCCCAGUGCCCUGUGUACCCGCCCCCUGCCCGGCUCCUGCUGCCAGAACAACUGCAACGGCUGCAGCUAUGGGGGGAAGGAGUACCCCAACGGCGCUGAGUUCCCGCAUCCCACGGACCGCUGCAAGCAAUGCCACUGCCUCAACGGCAAUGUUCAGUGUUUGUCACGGCGCUGCCCCCCCCUGCUCUGCACGGAGCCCAUCCUGGUGCCCAAUGGGUGCUGCCCUCAGUGCCCAGAGCCCCCGUCUGGCUGCCUUUAUGCGGGCGUCUCCUACCAGCACACGCAGCAAUUCUACGACCCCUCGGACUCCUGCCGCCACUGCAUCUGUGCCAACGGGACCGUCACCUGCCAGCGCCAGCCUUGCGCCCCCGUUCUCUGCACCCACCCCCUGCAGCAGGACUGCUGCCGUUCCUGUGAUGGCUGCCUGUACCAGGGGAAGGAGCUGCCCAAUGGGGAGCAGUUCCCGGACCCCACGGAGCCAUGCCGUGUGUGCAUCUGCUGGGAGGGCAGCGUCUCCUGCCAGCCCAGGGCCUGCCCGCUGCUCCAGUGCCCCUUCCCUGCCCGGGGGCCGUGCUGCCAGGUCUGCGAAGGCUGCGAGUACCUGGGCAAGGGUUACCUUGAUGGCCAGGAGUUCCCAGACCCCCAGGACGGCUGCAGCCACUGCACCUGCCUCCAUGGCUUCGUCACCUGCACCAAGACGUCCUGCGACCCGCCAGGCUGUCGCCACCCCACCAGUCCUCCCGGCCAGUGCUGCCCUGUGUGCCAGGGCUGCCACUUCCAGGGCCAGGACCUCGCCGACGGAGAGACCUUCCCGGCCCCCGGCGGGCGCUGCGAGCAGUGUCGCUGCCUGCGGGGAGAGGUGUCCUGCGGGCCCCUGCCCUGCCCUGGGGUGACGUGCCCCCACCCGGCCGUAGGCUCCUGCGACUGCCCCGUGUGUGACGGCUGCAGCUUCCACGGGCGAGCGCGCAGCAACGGAGAGCGCUUCCCCGACCCCCAUGACGCCUGCCGCCUCUGUUCCUGCCUGGAUGGCAGUGUGACGUGUGUGCCCGUGCCGUGCUCCCCCACCCCCUGCCGGAACCCUGUCACCCUGCCCGGCCAGUGCUGCCCCCAAUGCUCCGGCGCCUGCCGCUACCAGGGCCAUCUCUACGAGAGCGGGACCACCUUCCGCCCCCCGGGGGGGGACCCCUGCUCCACCUGCACCUGCCUGGACGAAGCAGUGACGUGCCAGCGCGAGCCCUGCCUGCAGCAAUGCACCCACCCCAUGCCGCCUGCCGCCCCCUCCUGCUGCCCCGACUGCGACCGCUGCCUCUUCGAGGGCCAGGAGCUCGCCAGCCGCCAGGCCAUCACUCCACCCUCGGACCCCUGCCAGCGCUGCCGCUGCUUGCAUGGCAACGUGCUCUGCACCCCCAUCCUGUGUCCCCAGGCCGCCUGCGCCAGCCCCAUCCAGCGCCCGGGCCACUGCUGCCCUGAGUGUCCAGGCUGCAUGUACAAUGGGCAGGAGCAUGCCAAUGGCACCAGCUGGUUCUCCUCCCCUUGCGUGUCCUGCCUGUGCAUCCACGGCAUCGCCACCUGCGCCCAGAUCCACUGCCUCGGCUCCUGCCUCCGCCCCAUCGAGGUGCCCGGGGAAUGCUGCCCACUGUGUGCAGACUGCAUGUUCGAGGGCCGGCUGUACAGCCCUGGGGAGAGCUUCCAGCCAUCGCUGGACCCCUGCGAGAUCUGCACCUGUGAGCUGCUGGCAGCCAGGGGGCCGCACGUGCGCUGCUACCGCAGACAGUGCCCCAGCCUGGUGGGCUGCCCCAGGAGCCAGAUCCAGCCGCCCGGGCCGCACCACUGCUGCCCCACCUGUGCCCAGGCCUUGAGUAACUGCACAGCUGAGCUGGCUGGGAACGAGCUCCAGGCGGCUGACGACCCCUGUUACACCUGCCAGUGCAAGGAUCUCACCUGGGUGUGUGUGCGCCAGGGCUGCCCACAGCUCAGCUGCCCCCUCACUGAGCAGUUUACCCCCCCGGGCGCCUGCUGUCCCAUCUGCGAUGAGUGCGUGAUAGAGACUGGAGGGCGUCGGGUGUUGGACGGUGAGAGCUGGACGGACAGCGAGGAAGACUGCGUCAGCUGCACCUGUAAUCGGGGCCACGUGGAGUGCCACAUCGCAGAGUGUGAACCCGUGGAGUGCCAGGGCGGGCUGCGGAGGGUGCGGAUGCCCGGCUCCUGCUGCUACGAGUGCCAAGACUCGGACGGCUCCUGCUCCUACCAGGGCCAGCGGUACCAGGCCAGCGAGCACUGGCAGGUGGACACCUGCACCACCUGUACCUGCGUCUCCGGGGAGGUGCACUGCCGGAGCCAGCGCUGCCCCCCAGCCGCCUGCGCCGCGGAUGAGACACCCGCGUUAACGCCAGGCAUGUGCUGCCCUCACUGCCUGCCCCGCCCUGCCACCUGCCUGGCCUUCGGCGACCCACACUACCGCACCUUCGACGGGCGACUGCUGCACUUCCAGGGCACCUGCACCUACGUCCUGGCCCAGGACUGCCAGGCGGGGGACUUCAGCAUCCACGUGACCAAUGACGACAGGGGGCGCCCGGGCGUGGCCUGGACCAAGGAGGUGACAGUGCAAGUCGGGGAUGCCGUGGUGCAGCUGCUGCAGGACUGGCUGGUCAAGGUGGACGGCCAGGUGGUGACGCUGCCCUUCCUCAAGGAGCCCCACCUCUACGUCGAGCGCCAAACCAACACCGUCCUGCUCAACACCAACAUCGGGGUGAAGGUGCUGUGGAGCGGGCACUCACAACUGGAGGUCAGCGUGCCUGGCACUUACAAGGGGCACAUGUGCGGCCUGUGCGGCGACUUCAACGGCCACCCGCAGGACGACGCCCGCCUGCGCUCGGGGCAGCUGGCCCGUGCCGAGGCCGCCUUCGGCAACAGCUGGAGGGUGAAGAACGGGAACGGCGCGGGCGGGCCGUGUGCUGACGGGCAAGAUGUGGAUCCCUGCAAGGAGGCCGGCUACCGUGCCCGAAAGGAGGCCAACGCCCGCUGUAAGGUGCUGAAAUCGGGGACAUUCGAGCCCUGCCACCCCCUGGUGCCCCCGGAGCCCUUCUUCGCCGCCUGCGUCUACGACCUGUGCGCCUGUGGGGCCGGUGCCGACCAGUGCCUGUGCGACGUGCUGGAGGCCUACACCGCCCUGUGCCGCCGGGCAGGGCUGGCUCUGCGCUGGCGCUCGCCCACGCUCUGCGCCGUUGGCUGCCCUCAGGACCGGGGCUACGUGUUCGACGAGUGCGGCCCUCCCUGCCCCAAGACAUGUUACAACAAGGACGCGCCACUGGGGGCCAUCGAGUCGCACUGCUUCACACCCUGCAUGCCUGGGUGCCAGUGCCCUGCUGGGCGGGUAGAGCACGAGGCCCACUGCAUCCUGCCCGAGGCCUGUCCCCGGGUGGUCUACGGCAGCCUCUGAGCCCCCGAAUCCCGUGCUCCUGGGACCCGGUGCCCUCUGCCUUGGCCCCAGAUCCGGCCACCCUCCCUCCCGCAGCCCCCGGGGCACCCGUGACCUCCGCCAUGGCCUCGGGCCUGGCCCACUCCCAGUUGGUGACCUAGACGUGACCCUUUGUGACGAAGUGGGACUGUUCGUAAUAUUUCCUCUGAAUACCGUGUGGGUGCCUCAGUUUCUCCAAGCAUUUCUUAAGUCUCUAGGUGGUGGAAUAAGGGAGUGUAAUUGUUGCAGAGCAAAGGGUCAGUGCACAUAAAUGGCCAACACUCUGUCUCCUGGCAAUUACUGGCCGGAGCCCUCCCCUCUUGCAAGGCGAUAGCUGAAGGUACUGAAGGACAAAGGAAUCAGGUGACCUCCUGGCCCGGGAAAGGGACAAA